AUGCUCUUCUCUCACCAGAGAUCGGAGUCUUUCCACUUCCACCAUACCUCGCCGGUGGAGGUGGAGCUGAUGGAGGAAACAGAUUCAGCGGUGGUUGCCAUGGCAGCAGAGCUGACUCAGGACCAGGUGUCGUGGACCAGGGGAGAAAGGGACGCCGUCUCAUUCAGAUCAGAGGUUUAUGAUACAGGAUAUUUCACUGUGGAUAUCCUAACCUUUGGUCGCGGCACCACCCUGGUUGUUACAGACAGGCCAGUGGUGCUGUCAGUGGUGCGGCCCAAAGUGAGCGUCUACCCAGCGACGGGAGCGGAUUUAAAGGGCCGGCGCUCCCUGCUGUGUGUAGCCAGAGACAUGGUCCCUGAGGAGGUCCGGGUGUCCUGGAGGAGGAGAGGGGGGGGCAGAGGGGGGGGGAAGGACGGGGAGCAGCUGGAGCUCAGAGCCCCGACAUACGCUGCCAGCAUCCUGGUUAUUGAUCAGGGAGAAACCCUCACAGAUCAAUACAACUGUACGGUUGAGCAUGAGAGCGGUCGGCAGGAGGUGGAGGUCCCAGCAGAAAUUACCUUGACGUCAGAAGGCCCCGGAAUGAUAGAAAUGACCUUGACGACAGAAGGCCCCGGAAAGACAGAGGUUACCUUAGCGACGGCAGUAACUACGGACCCCCGGCGUCCAGGGAGACCCAGAGAAGGUCCUUCAGAUGAAACACACCGGGUCCCAGAGUCCCUCCAGGUGCUGUCCAGAGCCAGGCUGGCGUCUGUGCUCUACACAGUGAUGGUGGUGAAGAGUGUGCUCUGCUGCUGUGGCCUGGCUCUCCUGCUCCUCCACACCAACAAGACCAGCAGGACGCCCAGAACCAGCACCACCACAGCCCUGGACUGACGCUGCUGUCCCCCAGAACCAGCACCACCACAGCCCUGGACUGACGCUGCUGUCCCCCAGAACCAGCACCACCACAGCCCUGGACUGACGCUGCUGUCCCCCAGAA